AAAUUGCCGAAAUCAGAGAAGAAAUUAAAUGUCUAUUUGACGAUUUAUUAUUGCGCAAUUUUAGGAAGUUUUCCAGUUUUGAUGAAAGUAUCUUGACGAUUGAAAAGGCGAACGCAAGUUCAGAAUGCGUUAUGCGAAUCGCCGAAAAGACCGAUUCUUUCCGAAAUCUUUUCAAAGUGCUUAGAACAGAACUUUUUGAAAAGUUUUUCUCGAGUCUAAAUGCAUCGUAUCAAAUUGAGCGUGCACAUGGCAAAACUGCAUUGAAGUUCGAAUUCAAAUGUAAGUCAGAUACCAAUUCAGUAAAAGAGUCUUUACAAGAUGUCACUGGGUUCUUAGAAACCCUAAAAGAGUCAUUUUUGGGUUUCACGACAUCAGAAAUGAGUUUUCUGAGACUUUUUUAUGCAAAUGAGAGUUAUGGUCAUCAGCUCACGAAAAGCAUUGAAGAACGAAUUCUGAAAGCCAAAGUUCCUAAAACGGUCAAUGAUUUGUACUGUUACGAUUACUCGGUCUUAGAGUCUUGCGAAUCGACUCUAUGUGCAUUAGGUGUAGCGAGUGAAAAUUGUUUCGCCGAGUUUCGAAAAAGUCUCGAAACGCAUUUUGUGACUAGUUUUGUAUCUGAUGCUCUAGCAGCGUGCAGAAGUCUUACACUUAGUGAUUUGUCAGACACGGUGGUAAUUGAAUGCAGCAGAGUUGAUCAUGAGUCAUCCAAAACUUCACCGAAAAGUGUGAUUCCGGCACUAAGUGAUGAAAACCGGCACUUUAUGCACCGAAGUUUGAAUCAGCUUCCAAAAAUGUCAAUCAGUCUCUCAGUGCGCAAGUUAUCACAGCAUAUUCACCACUGCAUCGAGCAAGCAUCGCUUCUUAAAAGUGAAACGAACGCGACCUUUCUCCUCCAGUGUAGUUUAGAUCUCAUGACCAUGUACUGCAAUUUGACCACCGCAUACCACGAGUCCAGCUCUGCAAUCCAAGUGCCAUACAUAAAUGCAGUGCAGUACAAUAACCUCAUGUUCAUGGCACAAAAGUGUGUCUUCUAUGGACUGGUGCCCCUGCAAUACAAACAAGGAGUAGUUUGUGCUAGUUUGGGAGUGACUGUAGCUACAUUCCUGCAGUUUGUUCCAGUUUUGAGACACAAAGCGGAGUCUUUAUUUAAAAAUUGUAUCUGCAGACAGCGCGACUCACUUAGAGACCCUCUGACAGAACCAGCUCUAUUUCCAGCCCUAGCUUCAAAUUUACUCCCAAACGGGCGUAUCGAGCCCACACAGUUAGAGAAUCCAUUUCAGAAAUGUUUCCAUCAACUUGACAAAAUAUUGUCAUCUGUGAAACCCCCCGUUUUGUCAGUUAACAAAUACAAACUCGCAAUCACUUAUUUGCUCGAUUAUAUCUUGAAGUUUGUUGUCAGUUACUGUGUGAAACUCGAAGAUAUAACAACUAAUGACGCCAAAGUUAUCGAUCGCAUUUUAGAAAUGGUAGAAACUGAAAGUGAAAAGGUUGUUACAAGAAUUCUUCAUGCGAACUUUGAACUAGAGGUCGCUGUGAGCGAAAGUGAACUCUGUCAGUUUUACGACCAAGUUCUGCCAGAAUUUCGUCGUCUUAAAUGGGUACAGAAACUGAUGGGAACUUCUCUGUUGAGCAUACAAGCUGACUAUGCUUCUGAAAAUUGUAGUUUGAGAAACCACAUAUCAGUAGAUGAAGUGAAAAGUUUGAUCAGAGCUCUGUUUCAGAAUACAGAAAUAAGGGCAAUGGUUAUAAAUUCUAUUAAGUGAUUCAAUUAAAUGUUAUAAAUGUGUUUAUUGUACAGUAAAUAUAGAAUAAAGGGGAUUGUGUUGAUUAAAUAAUCGUAUAAAAGAGGUUAGAAUCAACAGCGUUUUCAUCAUAGCAACAUCUUCAGGCAUCAUGUCGUGCGUGAAAUGAGUGUGGGAAAAAAUCAUAAACUGAAGAGGGAAAUGUGAAAAAAUAGCUUUGGUGAUUAAAACAGCUGAUAAAAACGUUUUUUUUUUCGGUUGACGGUUUUUUUUCGGUUUUCGAAUUAGAUGAUACAGCAUUUUUUAGCGCAAUUAAUUUAAGUUAUGCAAAGGAGCCUUUUAUUGCAUUCAACGGAACGAAUUAGAUGUAGAACCGUUUAUCCUGGCUCUAUUGCUUUUUCCAACAAAGGAGAGAAGUAACAGGGUAAUCAUGGAUAAUACAUGAUUGGGAACCGGGAACCUCUGGUCUCAUAAAUAGUCACCCCUUUUUACACUAUUUUAAGAAAUUCUUUUUAAUCUAAUCCUUAAUAUUUUCUAAUGGCGCUGAUUGUUAGAGGGGCAUUUGAUUGAACGUUUUGAAUGAAACAAAAAGUCUAUUUCUUAAAAUGGGUCUGCAAUUUUUUGAAAAUCGGCUCCGAAAAUACUAGUUCGAGAAAAUACUAGUUCCGUGCUGUGAGUAGUUUGCAGUAUAUAGAUUGCCACUAGCCAUAAAAUGAUCGUCUCUAGGCGUCUGUGGGUCAGUUGGGGAAAAUGACAUCGGAUUAUUUUUCAGGAUUUGAUUAGAAGCCGCUUUGGCAACUUAGCUUUUCAUACCGUUUGUCCGGGAAAGUUUUCUUUGUUAAACAAAAUAAUCUGAACCAAGAAUUUUCAAAUGGUCGCAUCAAAAGUCUAGAUAAAAAUUGCCCUUAAUUGAAGUAAUUUUUAUAUGGAAUUUUGGAUGCUGCGACACAGGGGCGCGCUUAAGGCGUGAAAAAAUUCUCCCUGCGGAUUGUGAAACCUAGUUACUCAAAGCAUCUCCAAUCGAUAUAAUUAUACUAUCCAUUUUGAGCCGACGGACCGGUAAAAUUUUCUAAGGGUGUCUACGAUACCAAUAUGCUAAUUUUGAAAGGAUGAGGCCCCCACAGAAAAGUGAUUUUUUGGUCACACAAAAAAACCCGACAACUGUAUUUUAGUUCAUUUUUACAAAUUUGCGAGUUCAGAAAAGAAUGGUCGACCUAAGAAAAAAGUUUCAAGAGAAAGUCUUAGGAACGGUGCUUGGACUGGAAACGUUUAAGAAGAUAUGGCAAAAUAUUGUGGAUGAUUUUUGAAAAAGUACUGAUUUGUCUUUUUUUCAUGCCAAUGUUUUUCUUCACUGUUCGUAUCACAAAUUAACCGGGCUCUUGGCUGUUAAUUUUUUCUUCAGAUUGUAAUAUGCCAAUAGGAAUGGAAAGUUCAAGCGAAAAUGCAUUAGCUCCAGACACGCCAAUGCAUGCCGAAUCGAAUGGAGUGAAGAAACAACGAAGACGACACCCGAAGAAGCCGAAAGAUAUUCUGGACGAGCCGAGAAGAGAAUCUUCGCGUCCAAUCAGACAGAAGGUGCAGUCGGCCGAAACCGAAAGUGUGUCGAAUGAGAAAGAGAAUGUGAAAGAGAAGAGCUGUGGGAAUGACUCUGAGUAUGACGAAGCUGAUGAGGAAGUGGAAGAUAUUUUGGAGAGAGUGACUUACGAAGACGGAAAUGUCUACUUCCGGAUCCGGUGGAAAGGGUACGGCCCGGAAGACGACACCUGGGAGCCGAAAAAGAACCUGGACUGCCCCAAACUGAUCGAGGAGUUUGAAAGAUGGCGAGUGGAACAGAAGGCCAAAGCCAAGAAAAACGGAACCUACGCCAAGAAAAAGGCUGAAAGCCGAUACACUCUUGGAGACAGCGAUGACCAUUUCACCAUGCCCUACGGGUUCGCAAGAGGCUUGGAGCCAAAGGAAAUUGUGGGUGCAAGUGACGACGGAGGGAAACUUAAAUUCCUGAUGAAGUGGGUCGAUGGACCCCAGACGGACAUCGUCUUAGCUGAAGAAGCCAAUGUGAAAUGUCCACAGAUUGUAAUCAGUUAUUAUGAAAAGUUUUGGGGUUGGAGUGACCGUAAGCCGAAUGGAUAUUGGGCAGAUGAAGAGGAGUUUGAAGCAAGGCGAAAAGACGCCACUAAAAAGAUUUCAGAGAAUGCACACGUAGAGAACGGAUUGAAUAAAGAAAAUAUUUCAAGUCGAAGUGGAGCUGCUAUUAAAUGAGAGACACUUUGAAUUUUUUGGAUUUAACUUCGAGCAGCUGAAAUUUUGUUUCUGCUUUUAUUUUUUUUGUUGAGAAAUUGUUUGUAAUACUGAUGUUUGUUUUAGAAUUAAAGUUUUUGGCCGUUUUUA